GCAGGCCGUUAAGGAGCCUGCAGGACUGGGGGAGAGAGGAAAGACUUGGCUAUCUACAAGCUGAUUAUGCAACAGCCCAGCAACUUAACAACUUGGAAGGGCCCUAUCUCAAAAUUUUAAAAAAUGACGAGAGAGCUUUAGAUGUAGCUCAAUGUAAAGGCUCUGGGUUCAAUCUCCAGUAGCAGUAUAUAUACUGAUGAGUGAGCAACUGAACAUCCAGGAGGGUGUGUUUACUACGAAGCCAUUUCUAUGAAGAGGAUUACUAAAUACUUAAAAACAUAUGUAUAGGCACAGAAUACUUAGAGGAUAGGGCUCAAGAAACUAUAUAAACAGUGGCUGUACUGGGACGGGCUAACAAGAAGAGUCAGGAACUGGAGUAGAAGAAGACUCAAGAGGGAAUGAAUUCUAAAAGAAAAAUUCUGAUACUGAUUUUAUCUGGUUUAUGGCUAACAUGUAUGGAGUAUCAUUUCAGCAUAAAGAACCGCCUGCAGAAGAUAUAUGUCUGCUGAAAUCUGACUGUCACAUGCCUUGGUGCAAUUUCUUUGGGUUAAGGAAUAAUCAAGUGGAAGAACCUCAGCUCUCAGCCUGGUUUCAUCCUAAAUUGAGAGACCAGCAUCUGAUACCAUUUAUAAGAUCUGCUGAUGAGCACUUUAUGGUUGGCUACAGAGUUAUCUUUUACAUCUUGAUUGAUGACUUCACCAAGUUGCCUUAUGUAGAGCUGGGACCUCGCCGAACAUUUAAAGUAUUCCCUCUGUUCGAUCAUCAAACUUGGCAAGGCACUGAUCUGAAAUGCAUGAAUUCUUUGGAUAUAUACAUUACAGAUUACAUGCAGCAUGAAGUCAACUUUCUCUUCAACAUGACUAUAAAUCAGAUGUUCGAGUAUGACUUUGGAGUGGAAACCCUGGGCAGGUCCGUAGCUCAACUACAUGUGUGGUGGUAUUUUAAAAGCACUCAAGAGUUCCCAUAUGAGAGAAGAGCUAGUUCAGCAGCUUUCAUCCCCUUUGGAAAGGGAGAUUUUUAUUACCAUCACGCCAUUUUAGGCGGGACACCCCGUGAGGUCUUAACCCUCCUUGAACAAUGUCUACAAGGAAAUACACGCGACACCACGAACAAGCUUACCAGUUUAUAUGAAAGCCACCUAAAUAAAUACUUUUUUGUCAAUAAACCCACUAAGCUGUUAUCACGGGAAUACAAUUGGGAUCCAAGUUUUAAAAUUCCUCCACAAAUUAAACAUGUUAAGAUAGCAUGGCAACCAGAAAUGUUUUGAUGGAGGUUCUACUCGGU